AUGCUUGGAACAGACAUAAAGUAUGGCAUCUCCAAGGUAAGUAUACCAAAAGAAGUUCUCGCCGCCAAAGCUUGGAACAGACGUGAGGGGCUUCAGAAAAGUCAGCGAAUCAACUGCCGCCACCAAUGCUUGGAACAGACACGAACAGUUGCUAGCCAUCAAGAAACUCAUAACUUCACCGCCAAUGCUUGGAACAGACAUGAAGUAUUGCAUCUCCAAG